CUGUGUCCCUGGGACACAACGGAUCACCGAUCACUGUAAAGAGCCAAUGACAUCUGUUCUGUCAUGUGAUCAGCUAUGUCCAAUCACAGCUGAUCACAUGACAUCUACACUGAUCAUCAGGGCACUGAUGAUCAGUGUAGCCCCAUCAGUGCCACCUGUCAGUGCCCAUCAAUGCCACCUGUAAGUGCCCAUGAAUGCCACAUACCAGUGCCCAUCAGUUCACAUCAAUGCCACAUAUCAGUGCCCAUCAGGGCUGCCUUUCAGUGCCUGUCAGUGUUGCCUAUCAGUGCCUGUCAGUGCAGCUUAUCAGUGCUCGUCAGUGCCGCCUAACAGUUCCAAUCAGUGCCGCCUAACAGUUCCAAUCAGUGCCGCCUAUCAGUGCCCAUCAGUGCCGCCUAUC